GGGUAAUCGGAAGGAGAUGGGGGUUGAGGAGCAAUGGGAGGUAAUAGCUGCAGGAGCGAUGGGGGCAAUCGAUCCGUCUAAGACGGAAGUGACGACAACUGAAGUCGAUCUUCCCUCGUUGAGAAGGAUACCGAUGCUUCCCUCCUCGUCGGACGGCUCGUCUGCAUCUUCUUGUGCGCAGUGCUCAUCUUCUGGUGGAGAUUCCUCUGCGGCCGCAGAAUGCCAGAGCUCUGCUUCCGUGGCCGCCAUCGCCAUGUCCUCGCCAAAGACAGAGGGGUGCCCGGUGCGGACGACCCAUCGCCAAAAAGAGAUCUUGACCGCCGUACCGCCAACUGCUUCUGUCCCGUCGUCGUGUUCCUCGUCUGCCACUGCGUCUUCUCCAUCGCCAGCUUCACCAUCGUGUGUGGUGCUGUCCUCCUCAUCAUCGUCCGUAUCCAAGGAUCGUUCUCCAGUCACUCUUGCUGUGCACGGAUCGGAGGUGAAUGUUUCCGGGAAUAUCGGCAACCCAGAUCCAGUCGGGCGAGCAAGGAAGGAAAGAGUGGGAGCGAUCAAAGAAUGUCGAUUUGAAGAAAAUCGAGAGGCUCAGGGAGAGCCGCAACGUGAAAUGCAGCUUGGAGAGGCGGGUGAUAUGGAAAGACGGACAGGACAUCAUCGUCAGCGUAGUGAUGUUAGCCGGAAACUGAGUUUUAGCGAAGAUUUUAGGGAUCGUGACACAGUUGCUCGUCGCGAUCUAGAACCGUCUGGCUGCGAGGCUGAAGUACCUUCGUCCUCGGCAGCUGCAGCCGAUGUCAUGGCUGGAGAUGGCAGCGGCCAUGGGGCUAGUAGACGGUCGUCCAAUCGAGAGGUUAUUGACGACAAGGAACUGGGAGGUACCCCAAGUCCGUCCUUGUCCUCGCAAGCGGCGCAAUGCGAUACUAAUGGGGCAAUUGGAGUAGGAGUAGGGGUAGGAGGAGGAGAGAGUAAUGCGAGAGAGAGUUAUAGGAGGAAAGAACGAGCUGAACCGACUGCUGCGAUUGAUGUUCUCGAUGGCGUCGGGGAAGCGGAACGGCCAACAGCCGUCGAUGUCCAUAACGGCUCUGAUAUCCGAGUGUCAGAGAUAGAGGAGGAGACAACAGCGGCAACAGCAGCGGCGGUAUCAGCUUUGGGGUCAGCAUGGUCAGCGGAAACAGCAGCAGACGGAAGAGUAGUGGUAGGAGGAGAAGGAGAAGAUGAAAGUGGAGGGGGAGGAGGAAGAGGAGGGGGAGGAGAAGUGCGAAUCGCCAUAGACGACGAACAGCCGGCUCCAGAGGGAGUUGAAAAUCGGGAUGGAGACUGGGAUGGCGCGCGAAAUCGCAAUCUCGGGUCUUCGGGCGCAUCUUCAGAAGCUCGUGCGGACGGAUUGAAGAGCUUGAUGCCACCGAUGGACGGGCACAAUCGCGAGGAGGAGAAAGAAGGAAGCAACUGGGAGAGUGGGAAAGUCGGGGGCGUGCCUAGACGAGGGCUGUGGAGCAAAUUGUUGAAGAAAAGGCGUGGACGGGAGGACACGAUAGCUGGAGGAGGAGGAGAAAAAGGAGGAGCUGGUGGAAAGAAGGGAGGAAGUGAUGACGCCAAACGCGCUGCGGAUACGAUGGAAAUUGCGGUGCUCUCUACGAUGACACGGACGUUAGCUUCGGAUCACCCACCGGCCAGCCACUAUCGCAUUGCCGACGGGUACUUGCUACUCCACUCGAGAGGCAAGGACUUACUAUGUGUCCCACGCGACCGCCGUCUUCGGACUCGCCUCCUCGGCGGGUAUCAUGAUUCGCAACUCGCCGGCCAUUUCGGAGUCAACCGCACUAUUGCAUGGCUUCGACAGCGAUUCCGAUGGCCCGACCUCAUCACCGACGUCACGAGGUAUUGCGACUCUUGCGAAGUUUGCCGACGAAGCAAACCCCGCAAUCGCAACCACUACGGCGAGCUGCGCUCGAUGCCGAUCCCGCAGGAACCUGGUCUCUCCAUCGCCAUGGAUGUCACCGGACCAUUCCCCCGCGACCGCCUCGGACACGACGGCAUCCUCACGGUUGUGGACCGUUUGAGUAAGUAUGCGCGUUUUCUCCCUUGCAAGUACUACUCCACGCCUCCCGAGCUGGCACGCCUCUUGCACACCGGUUGGAUGUGUGGCCACGGUGUACCGGAAGACAUAGUCAGGGACCGCGGCACUCGCUUCAUGUCAGCAUUUUGGACUGCUCUCAUGCAGGAGUCCGACACGAAGAUGAAACCAAGUUCGGCUCGACAUCCACAGACAGACGGGCAGACGAAGCGGGCACAUCAAACCGUGCAAAUGAUGCUUCGUACGCUCAUCCGUCCGAACCAGAAAGAUUGGGUUGAACGCCUCCCCGACAUCGAGUUCGCCUACAACACUUUGGUGCACCCGGCGAUCGGCGUGACUCCAUUCGAGUUGCAUAACGGUGGACGGAAAGGCCGUAUCUUCGCCGACCUUCUCCUCCCACGACCAGCCGACAUCGAUGCCGCUUGCUCUCCCGCUUCCGUCCGGAAGUACAGGGAAUUGCUGGCUCAAGCCCGCGCGAAUAUGCAAAAGGCUCAAGUCCACAUGCAGCAGCAAGCCAACAGGCAUCGCGUGCCAUGUCCCAUCCGCGUCGGCGGCCUGGUUUGGGUUUCCGCGGAAGAGUUUGCACUGGAACAGGAUGUCUCACGCAAACUGCUUCCCAAGUGGUUUGGACCAUGGCCCGUAACAUCAGCCGCGGGCGAUGAGCCCGAUGGCCCUUCAUUUGUGAUCAACAUUCCCCCGCAUCUGACGCUCCAUCCAGUCUUUCACGUAGACAACCAUAAACUUGUCCAGGUAAGGCCUGAAGAUGCGGUGCAUCUCUGUCUGGAAGGUGUCAGUGCAACGAGCACCACCCCAUAUACAAAAGAGCAGGAAGAGAGAGCCGCUGCUAUACUGAAAGAAAGAAAAGAGGAGGCCAAGAAGAAGGUCUUGUUGGAAGCACAGGCGGCGAAGAAGAAGAAGCUUGAGGAAGAGAUGGAGAAGGUGAAGAGAGAAGAGGAGGAGAAGCUCAAAGAAGUAGAUGAAGAAGAAGAAGAAGGAGAAGAGAUACCUCUGUUAGAAGAGCAGGUCUUUGUGGCCUAUGUUAGGCCAGUUACUGAGCCUAAGAAGGAGGAACUCACCAACCCACUUCUUGCCAAGUUGUUGGAGGAGUACGCAGUUUUGUCAGAGUCUCCUUCAGGAGUAGUUCCACGUCCUAUCCAACACCGUAUUGAGAUAGGGUGUGGCAGUAAGACUCCCAAAGGAGCAGUGUAUAAGAUGUCUCCUAAGGAGUUGGAGGAGUUGCGCAGACAGUUAGACGAGCUCCUCGAAAAGGGGUGGAUUAGGCCCAGUUCGUCUCCAUUUGGAGCACCUGUUCUCUUCGUCCCCAAGAAAGAGGGAGAACUUAGAAUGUGCAUUGACUAUAGGGGUCUCAACGCCGUUACUGUGAAGAAUGCAGAGCCACUGCCCGGUAUAGAUGAUCUGUUAGAUCGGGUGCAGGGUUGCAAGUACUUCCCCAAGAUAGACUUGAAGUCAGGGCACACGUUUACGUGCAGAGUUGAGAUGAGGGGUGGUACUGGGACCACUCCUUACACCAAGGAGCAGGAGCAGGAGGCUGCAAAGAUAUUGGCCGAACAGAAGGCCAAGAAGGAGAAGGAGUUAGUGAAGCAGGCCAAAAAGUUGGCAUUACAGGAGGAGCAGGCGGCGAAGAAGAAGAAGUUGGAGGCGGAGAUGGAGAGGCUGAAGAAAGAAGAAGAGAAGUUAAAGGCAGCGGAAGAAGAGGAAGAAGAAGUAUAAGAAGAUGUCCCCUUAGAGAGAAAAGGCAGAAGGGAAAGAGGGGAGUUUAGCGGCACGAAGAAGGAGGACCAAUAGAUGGAGAAAAAGGUUUUCGAAUGGGUCGCCAAUUGUCCCUGGGAGAAGAAGAAAAAGCGAUGUUGUAUGUCCCCACGGGAGAACAGGACGCACGUGGUUAACGGGGACCCCGAGUUUCAGCUCUUGACUGACAGGUCCAAAACUGAAAUAAGGGAGCUGGAGAUAGAAGAAAAUCCCCUACGCUGCCAGACAAUUGAAGAAGAAAGAGAAAGUUAGAGUGGAAAUUGUGCCUCACCAGAGAGAAGAGACAACGAAUGGAGGCAACAAAUAAGAUGGAGACGG